UUUUUGUAUAGGGAAAUGAAGUGCUAUUUGACAAUAUUCGUUUUGGGAUUAACAAUUGUAGGGCAGUUUCAAACGGCAUCAGCUGGAAAUUGCCUACAAUGUGAGAAUUGUUCUGAAGAAAUAACAGACUACAGCAUCAGUGAGCCGUGUGAUACCCAAUGUGCUGUUUACAAAACUGGGAUUAAUCAGAUUGAUCGUGGAUGUUUCGAAAGUACGGAGAAUAUUGUGCUGGUUUGCCCGAAUGAUAACUGCAAUUUCCAGCGAAUACCAUUAUGUGAACAAUGCACGGAUUUGGAAACAUGUGGAACUGUUGCAUGUGGCAGAGCAGAUGACAAGUGCUAUGCCGGAAAAUUAGAUGAUCGCCGCGGCUGCACUUCGGAUGGCUAUUACGAUGCAGAUUUGGACGGUUUCGAAACAUGUGAAACGGACAGAUGUAAUCGGGUGCCGAGCUGUGUCGUGUGCAACUCUGCUGAGCAAAGCGACGCGAACUGCUUGGAUGAGCCGGGAGAGUUCAUUGCAACGUGUCCUGAACAUGGAAUUAUUAAGAAAGAAAAUUGCUUUCGACAUGUUGAUGGGGAGCAGUUCCAGCUUGGUUGCACCUCGGCAAAAGAUGCUCCUUCGAAAUGUGAAGAUACUGUACCCUGCAGAAAAUGUGAAGCUGAUAAUUGCAAUGCAAAAGCUUUCCAAACGUGCUACGUCUGCAAUAAUGAGAUAAACUGCCCACAGAACCAGUUGUUCGCCAAUCAGGUUCAGUCACUGCCUUGUUCCGAAUACAACGCCGGAUGUGUUAUGGGGUAUGACUACGAUACUAAAUUUACACUUCGAGAUUGUUCAGAUGAAUUACCAGCGGCGAUGCUUGGGGACAUUGUCGUAGCGUGCGACACUCCCAAUUGUAAUUUUGCCGAAUUUCCUUCACAUUUGAAAUGCUAUCAGGAAACGUUAGGUGAAGUUGAAUUCUGCCGGUCGCCGGAUGCAACAAAAUGCUUCACAGUGGAAGACCAACUUGGAAAUAAAAUCCGUGGUUGUAAUACGGACGAAGACUUUGCAGACAUAUGCAAAGAGUUGGAAAAUUGUUCGGUUUGCAGUUCUGAUGGGUGUAAUGAAGAUACUGUACCAGUGGAAUGCGUGAUUUGCAGUGGACUAGAUCAAUGUCGAAAUGACCCGCAGCGUCGGGUUUGUGAAGAUGCCAAGUUCUACGAAGGAUGUUACACGUAUCUUGGCAGUGGCAGCCUAGAGAAAGGUUGUCUCAAUGAACUGACGAGUGGAGGAACGACUUCGGAUGCCAAGGAAGCAUGUGGUACCGAUAAUGCAUUGUGUCACAAGUGUUCUGAGCCGAAUUGUAACGCAGUUCACUGUUUGAAGUGCGAUUCUGAGAUAGAUGACGAAUGUGUGGAAGGAGACCCGGAUGCAGUCGAGUAUGAAGUAUGCUCACCUGAAGACAAGUGUCUUAUGUUCAAAGAUGAUCAAGGAUACACUAAACGAGGCUGCACUAGCAAUUUUGACGCGCCUGGUGUUGAAACUACCGAUCCUGGCAAAAACUUUGGGCUGGUUCCAAGCGAAGCAAUCAAGUGCUAUCAGUGCAACGAAAACUGCGAUGACCUCAGUGAUGAGCAACUUAAAUAUUGCAGCCGUAAUUCCGUGCUGGGGUGCUAUUACAUUUAUGAUGGAUUUUCCGUUACAAGACGUGGUUGUUUGUCCGAAGAAGGAUUGGGUUGUGGCAAUGAUCAAAAUUGCUUCGACUGCGCAGACAAAGACGGCUGUAACGCGGAAAAAAUCAACGAGUGCUAUCACUGCACUUUUGACGACUCGGAGGGAGAUUGCGUCAGCAGCGGGGAUGCUGCGACUUGUUCUACAACGGGAAACUGCGUGGUAUACAUAAAUCAAGAAGGAAAAUUUGUGCGAGGAUGCGAGAAUGAUAUUCCACCCGCGGAGUCACCGAAGUGUGCCAAAACAUGCCAUGGUGGUAAAUGUAACGAUAACGAUGUUUGCGACGCUACAACUGACUGUAAUGGAAUAUGUAGCGUAGUUUCGGCCGCUGAUAAGUGUUUGCGUUACCAAAAUGUGGAUCAAGUACAGACGGGUUGUUUCGAAUUUAGGGACGAAAUUUGCUUGGACACAGAACACUGUUACGCGUGUGAUCAGAACCUUUGCAAUGGAGAAGUUGUUGCGGAGUGCUACACUUGCACGGACUGUCCCAUCAUCGCACAAAAACAUUCAACGCAGCUAUGUGCAGAUAUCAACGAUCGAUGCUACACGGUAGUAGAUAAUGAUGGGUUGGUGUUACGUGGAUGUCUUGAAGAUAUGAGUCCUGAGCUAACCGACCCUGCCCUAUGCCGCGAAGCAGCUUGUAAUAAAGAACCAUUGUCUACGGGAAAUUCGUGUUACCAGUGUACAGUGGACUGCGAUACCACCGAUGGACUUGAUCCUUCACCUUGUAGUGGCCCGUUUGAGGGAUGCUAUACUGCACAAGAUCUUUCAGAUCCGAAUCUUAGCAUAACCCGAGGUUGCGCUACGGAUGCUGAUUUUUCGGAAAAAUGUCAGCAAUUCAACUGCAUAAAGUGCGAUGGUGAAAAUUGUAAUACGGAUCCGGUUCCAUCGGAACCGUUGUGGUGUUCAACAUGCUCUGAGAGGGAAUGCUUCGACUACACGCCUCCCCAAGAGUGCAAAGAGGGCAUUCUGUUUGAUCGCUGUAUAGAAUAUGUAGUGUUCAACACCCCGAUUUAUAAGGGAUGCCUUAGCGAGGGAAUCCCCCAGGUGAUUCAAUCUGAUUGUUAUGGCGAAAGACAGUUUUGCGGUUUAUGCGAAGGUAAAUUCUGCAAUACACCCAAAUUAUCAUGUUAUGAGUGCUCAAGUCCAAGCAAAGACGGCUACGACUGCAUUGCAAGUCCGGAUAAGUUGGGGAUGACUACCGAAUGUGGCGGCCAUGCGUAUUGCUACAGUCGCGUAGAUGAAGGUACCGGUCACCUGAGACGGGGCUGCGCCAACGAUGCCAUUAGUAGAUGCACCGAAGGGCCUCUGUGUAAAACAUGCCAAGAUCACAACUGUAACGUCGUCAUGGUACCGAUGGACCGUCUGUAUUGCUACCAGUGUGAAGGUGUGAGCUGCCUGACACCUCUCAACCCAGAACCGUGUCCAAUCUACAAGGAUGGUCAACAAUGCUACACAUACGCAGAGGAGGAAAGCAUAGUAUAUCGUGGAUGCACCGAUGAUUCGGAACCACACUUAUGCGAUGAUAAACCAUGCGAAUUCUGUAAAACAAGAGGAUGUAAUGACCACGAGACUAUAGUACCGAAUACACUGUCCUGCAUUCAAUGUACCCGUAAUAGCGAAUGCGAUGGCAUGGCUUUUGGACAAAGAUGUACCAAGGAUCUUCUACUGGGUAGAUCAGAUAGUUGUUACACGCAAUAUCAUUUGCCAGGUAUUCCCAUCGAGAAAGGUUGCGUAUCAGACUUAUCCGAGUCGCAUCCAUGCAAGCAAAAUAGCCCAAAUUGUGAAAUCUGUUCAGAAGAAAAUGAUUGCAACCGUGGGAAAGCUCUCUGUUAUAAGUGUAACUCAAAAACCGAUGAUGACUGUUCGGAGAUAUUAAACGGAUCAACCCUGACCGAGUGCAAAGGCGAGUGUAUGACCCUGGUAGAUGACUACACCGAGAGAGGCUGUGUGGAGGACUUUCCGGUAGAGAGUGUAGCCAAUUGUGAAAAUUCGGAGCUGUGCGAAGUCUGCCAAGGCAAGCUAUGUAACGACGGAAUGCUACCGAGCACUCGUUUACAGUGCUACGUUUGCGAGGGCUCGGAUUGCAUUGAGCCUUCGCCAGCAUUGUUAAGAGCUUGCGCGCGAUACGAUAAAACCGACCAGUGCUACACUAGCGUGGAGAGUGCAACUUGGGUUCAGCGUGGUUGUUUGUCUAGUUUGGUAGACAAAAACUGUGGCGAAUACUGUCAGCCUUGUCAGGUCAAGGGAUGUAACAACGAAAAGGUCAUGCAACCGAACACCCUAUCGUGCGUGAAAUGCGAAGAUGGCGAUUGCGUCGGAAAAAUGGAAGGCAGUAGUUGUACCUCAUCACUACUUUUGGGAAGACAGGACUGGUGUUACACGUAUCAAGUGGGCGGAACAACUUCGAAGGGAUGUCUCAGUGAUUUGAAAGAAAGCGAUCCGAUAAGGGAUUCUUGUACAAGUUUGGAAGAUGAGAAGUGCGUAAUAUGCAGCAAUGACAAUUGCAACGGAGAGUUUCCCUAUUGUAUCACUUGUGAUUCUGAAAAUGAUCCAACCUGCGGUGGAUAUAUGGCCAUUGUUCCUGAUGAUAUGAGGACGCUUUGUGAUGAUUAUAAAUGUGUGAGCUACGUUGAUGAAAAUGGCUAUACCCGGAAAGGAUGUGGUGACGAGACGACCAACUGUGAUGGCAAAGAGCUGUGCGCCGAAUGUACCGAAUCGAUGUGCAACAAUGUUGCAUUUCCGGAAGGUCGCAUCCUAUGCCAUCAGUGUGAUGAUGACUGUAACGAUAAACCAACCGGUGGACCUACACCGUGUCAAAAGUAUGAUUCGGUAGACUCCUGCUAUGUGUUCGUGGCCGAUGAAUCGAUAACCCGAGGAUGCCUGUCGGAUGAACAAAUCGAUUGCAAGCAGGGCACGUGUUUGAACUGCGCUAGUAAUGGGUGUAACGAUCAACCAUAUCAAUACAGCAGGUCACUAUCCUGUAUCCAGUGUGAGACUGCACGAAGUUGCGCAAGUGAGACUGAACCAGUUGCCUGCGAAGGGUUGGCUAUCCUAGGGGAGGCUGAUGAGUGCUACAGCCUCGUAGUAAACGAUGAAGUGAUAAAAAAGGGCUGCCGAAGUGCAUUGGAUGAUUGUAACGCGCAGGACUGCCACACUUGCAGCUGCAGUGGCUGCAAUUCAGCACUUGGGAACACCAUAACUUGUGCAGAUUGCAAUGGAGAAGAUUGUGGAAACGGAAUCACUGGAGGCGUUACAUGUCAAAGCUCGGUGGCUUGUAUAUCUUUCGUUUCAAGAGACGGUAUCGUGUCUAGAGGAUGCAUAGAAAACUUUCAAGAUAAAUGCUCUGAUUUCGGAAGCAAACAUGACACUUGUUUUGAAUCCAAUUGCAAUAGAAACGUUUAUCCUGAGGAUAGGAUUAUGUGUCACCGCUGCACGAAUUGUUUGGAGACUGUUGGAAAUCCUGAAAUAUGCCCCACUUAUGUGGAGGAUGACAAGUGUUAUACAGCAUUAUCUGUUGAUGGUACAACCGUGUCUCGUGGAUGCCUGUCUGAACUACUUACUCCUUGUAAUGAACCGUCUUGCUUCCCUUGUGAUACAUCUGAAUGCAACAACGAUAAUCCUUUCGAUCCAGAAACAACCGAUCCAACAACCGAUCCAACAACGGAUCCAACAACGGAUGAAGUGACCGAUGAAACCGCCGACGGCACAACCGACGAAAUAACCGAAGAAGUAACCGACGAUACAACCGGUGAAACAACUGACGAUACUCCACCCCCAGCAACAUUGGCUUGCCUUCGCUGCCAGGAAUCCAGUGAAAACCCUUCGUGUGCGUGGGGCUUCCAAACGAGUGCAGCCGAGCAGUGUCCCUCGGAGCACGCAACCGGUUGCUUCACCUGCCGCCAAGAUAGCCUCACAGUCCGUGGCUGUUCGUCGGAUGAAACGAAAAACUCGUGCACAUUGGAACCGGAAACGUGCAGUAGCGAUGGCUGCAACAACCAGAACCAGCGAACUCAGCGUUGCGCCCUGGGUUCUAGCUCUUCGUUCGCCGUGAAACCUUGCGAAGGAAUCGUGGAGUACGAGAAACGCGGUUGCUAUGUGUUACGGAGCGCGUUGGGCGUCAUCACCGAGAGAGGAUGCUACGCAGAUCUCUCGGAACAAGAGAUGCGCACUUGCGAGACGGACAGAAAUGCGUGCUAUCUGUGUCAGGAGGACGGCUGCAACUCAGGUGUGCUUCUGCGCAUUAUGAACGGUUUGAUUUUCACUCUUGUAACGCUAGGAUUUGUAAGAAAUGUAUUAUUGUAAAGAAAUUUAUAGGUUAGUAGUGACAAGUCGCAUUCCUUAAGUAGGGGACAUGCAACUGUCUAACCAUGGGCAAACCAUCCUAUUUUUAAAUAAAUAUAAAUGAAUAUUUUAUAAAGAAAGUCAUUAAAAAAACACAUCAAACAGUUCCUUUU